UUCUCUCAUUCACGCUUUUUUCUCUCAUUCACGGGUUUUUCCAUCUUCUCCAACAAGCUUCUUUGUCGCCCCUUCUUCACCUCGCAGAGGAAGCAUCGAAUCUGGUUUUUCCAUCUUCUCCAGCAAGCUUCUUGGUCGCUCCUUCUGCAUCGAAUUGGGUUUGGUGAAUCGCAGAGGAAGCCUCGAACAAAACCCCAAAUCUGGCCGAAUUGCAGAGGAAGCAUUGAAUUGGGUUUCCAAUUUACAGAAAAUCAAGUUAGGGUUUUGAACAGGGAAAAUUUAGGGUUUUGUUCUUUGGCAAGAUUAGAAGCCUCAAGGGAGUUCACUGAAUUGAUUUGCAGUUCUUCUUCUCAACCGAAUGGCAUGUGAAUAAUGUAACGCAUCUUGGAGACAAUGAAUAAGAAUGUAGUUAUGGAGGCACCAGUUGUUGCUGAGUUGGAUGGGAAUGUUCCAUCCUCACAGUCUCACAGAAGCCCCAAUAUGAUAAAAGAGGAACACAUGCACAAUCAAUGGCUAAAUUGGUGGAGGGGGAUUGUGUUAACUUGUGCGAUGAUGAAGAUAUAAACAAUGUGGAGCUUAAUGAUAUAAGUUGCGAAGGUGUGUAUGGCGACAAGGAUAAAGAUGGAAAAACAGAUAAUGAGGGUGAAGGAGUAAAACCAAUAAUGAUGCUAACUGCGGAAGAAAUAAGAGAUCUUGAGUUCUCUUCUGAGGCUGAAGCAUGUGAUUUUUAUGAGAGGUAUGCAAAGUGCUCUGGUUUUGUUUCAAGGAAAGAUGAUGUUUAUCGUGAUGAAGAUGGGAAUGUUGUCACAAGGCAGUUGGUGUGCAAUAGACAGGGCCAGAGAGACCAAAAGCAUUUCAAGAAGAUUGACCGUGUGAGGAAAGCAAAGCCUAUUACAAGAAUUUCUUGUCCGGCCAGAAUUCGUUUUCGUUUUGAUGGCACGACUUUGAAAUGGAAUGUUGCAUUUUUUGAAGAGAAGCACAACCAUGACAUGACCCCUCUAGAGCACAUUCACUUGAUUCCUUCGUAUUGUGGAUUAAAUGAUGCUGACAAGUCUCAAGUUGAUGGUAUGAAUUUAUACGGUGUUAGAGCUUGCAAUAUCAUGGCCUUGAUGCUGGGACAAAAGGGAGGACAUGAGUCAUUAGGUUUUACAAAAACAGACUUGUCCAACCACAUUGCAAAGCAAAAGAGAGAGAGAAUCCAAAAUGGUGAUGCUGCAGCUGCCCUUUCGUACUUAGAGGGAAAGGCAGAUAAUGACCCAAUGUUCUUCUACAAAUUCACUAAAACAGGUGAUGAGAGUCUUGAAAACUUGUUUUGGUGUGAUGGAGUUAGUCGUAUGGAUUACAAUGUUUUUGGUGAUGUCAUUGCCUUUGACAGCACAUACAAGAAGAACAAAUACAACAAACCCUUGGUAGUUUUCCUCCAUGUUAAACGAGGUUGAGAGGAAAGCAAAGAGUGGAAUGAAGCUUAAAGAGGAAAAUGAUUCUUAACUCAAGUUGGACUUUUGCGGCCUUAAUUUAGACUAUUGUGGCUUUAAUUUAGACUAUUGUGGCUUUUAUCCACAAGGUGGGAUUUAAUUUAGACUAUUGUGGCUUUAAUUUAGACUAUUGUGGCUUUUAUCCACAAAGUGGGUGUUAAUUUAGACUAUUGUGGCUUUUAAAUCUUUGACUAUUGUGGCUUCUAUCCACAAAGUGAGUUUUUUAA